CCCCAAUCCCACCGGUGUCUAUAGAUCUUAUUUCUAGCUACGGACGUCAUAUGUUUCUCCACCCCCAAGGUCGGCUGGCUACAACACGCCCCGAGCUGGCCGAAAUUGCCCACAAAUCACUGUGCCGACCAGUAUUUGCCUUGGUACACCAUGGUCAGGUUCCAUUCAUCCUCGUCCACUCUCGUUCAUGGCAACCAAGCACCCACCUCCCCGCCCGUGUCAGCCAGCUCCAGCCCCGGCGGCAUCGCCUUGGUGCAGGUGGGGGUUCGUGGUGAACAUCUUGAACAGAUACGUCACCGAGUACACCAGAUACUGCCCCGCCAGCAGCGGGUGGUGCCCCAGCAACGCCCACGUCACACGCGCGAUGUUGGCCACCGUCAGCACGAUCGCGAAAACCACGUGGGCCAGCCAGAAUAUGGCCAUCAGCGCCUUCCGGACAGGGUCUAGGUGGGGUAGGGAGCUGCUGGCCGCUGCCUCCUCUGUGAGCAGCUCGGCUGGCACGGCCACCGCGCCGCAGAAGAGCAUCAGCACCGUCCACAGGAUGGAGAACUUGAGGCCCUGACCAGACACACACAGACAGAGAGAUAAAGAGGCUUCAGAGGGCGGCUCAUAACGCAGGCAGGCAGGCACGCAGGAAGGCAGGCACCUUGAGUUGGAUGAGGAAGGCGAUGAUGGUCAUCAGCACACAGCCCGCCUGAAGUGCACAACACACCCACACACAGACCGACGGAUGGAUUGAUGGAUGUGCGUAAGGUCAUCGAUCGGUCGGUGUCCUCUCUCUCUCUCUCUCUCUCUUUUUCUCUCUCUCUGUGCCCGUGCGUGUGUGUGUGUGUGUGUGUGACCUGGAGCAUGGGGAUAGCCCUGCAGACGUCGUAUAGGAGCAUCAGCAGCUUCACCCCGUAGUAGGCCCCCAUGCACAGCACAGCCACACCCAACAUCGCCUGGGGGGAGCGCCAACACACACACCACACCAACAGCCAAGAAGAUACACUCACACGGGCGGGCAUCUGGUUGUCUGUCGGUGUGUGUCGGUGAGUGACAUGCAUGACUCACAAUGUCCCAGUGGAAGACGAAUAGCAGGCCGAUGAGGGCGAACCACGAGGCCUUGAAGGACACCAGCACCAUCAGCCCCAGACACACGUAGCUCGUCGAUCGCCUGCAACAGCAACACACACACACUCACCAUUGCAAUGUAUUGCGUGCAGCUAACUUCACCUUCCCUCCCUUCCCCCCGUCAUGCAUUGCACCUGAGCCAUGCGACGCACCGGACGUCGUUGCCGGCCUUGACCAAGGACUGAUAGAAGCCCAGCAGGUAGGGAAUCAGACAAAACACCUCCGGAUACCAACUGACAGACAGACACACCACAACACAACACACCGCACCGCCACACAGAGAGAGACCAACCAAUGACAGACAAUGAAGGACACGCGCCGUCCUUUGUGUCAUCCAAUCCACCUCUCUCUGUGAGUUGUCUGUGUGUGUCUGUGUGCCUGGUGUCGUUGAAUGCGCCGAGGACGGACAGGCUGAUGCCGAUGAAGAGGUCGUUAAAGCGGUGGUUGAUGAACUCGGGAUCCACCUCGUCGAACAGACACAGAAACACCGCCCGACAGGACACCAGCCACGAAUACUAACAGACAGAAAGACAGACAGACAGACAAGACUCAUCCACACACACACAGCAGUGUAGUGAGUGUCCCUCCCUCCCUCCCACGCACCCACGCACCUUGAAGGUGGCAGCCCCCCAUAGCAGGAGGCACAUGGCGAUCUUCCACAUCCACCUCCAGUGGCUGCCCGCCCACCACGUCCAGAAGCACCCCAUCAGAGCCAUCCGGAACUCCAAAUUCUGCACCGUCCACUGCUUGCAGAGGUGCAUGUCGAAGACCUUGAGCACGGCCCAGUGCAGCGGGUUGUGGACGGUGUCAAUCUGCCCGUUGUACCUCGUGACGGCGUCGAUGAACUGCACGCGUGUGGGGGUCAUGAGCUCGGGCGACGAGAGGUAGCUGGCGAUGACGCUCUCCGAGUCGGUCGUCUCGUUGCGCCCGUACUCGUCGCAGAACACUAUGGCAUUCUGCACCAGCACCGUCUCGACCUGCACAGACAGAUCACACCAGACAUACACACAUAGAUAGAUCUCCUGUUAACUGAGUGUGUGCAGUGCAUGUGAUGUGCCUGCUUGUCAGCUGAUGUGUCGAUCGAAUGAUCAGACAGACCUCCUGAGGCGUGACGUCGAGUAUGUCGAGCUGCUGCUCCUUGUCGAAGCGCAUCCACAGCUGCAGCACCUCCUCCCGCCCGUCGGCGACAGUGAAGCCGCCCUUCCAGCCCAUCUGGUAGUAGGCGGGACUGUCAUCGUACCCAUCGGCGCCGCUUGAGCCCUUGCGGCCGGGCGCUUCGUCGGCGUGGCCCCUCCGGCGCUUCUGCUUCCGUCGAAACUGCGGCAUUCAAUCUGAUCUGAUCUAUCAAGAUUCUCGAGCUGCAGUUGCUGGUAGUGUUUGCCUCCUGCUGCCCUGUUCUCUCGCCUGUUUGUG